GGUCAAAGUUGCCCGACAAUAUUUACUUCAUACAAGUCCCAAAUUUAGUUAAGAACAGACCAAACAAUAUAAUUUAAUAUUAAAAUGUUGGUGUAUUAUAUCUUCUUGAUUUUUGGUUUUGGCUGUGGGAAUAUUCUCACAAAGUCAUUCGAGUUGGGCGGAGUCUUAUCUGGCAACCGUAUGGCAGGCGUACCACUAGGCAAGUCCCUAGGUGAUGGUGAAGUUGAUGUUGAAGGUAUAUGCCAGGAGUCUGGCAUGGCCUGCCAAAACUGUACUCAUGCUGUAACAUGUGUGCCAUUACCUUACGGGUGGUUGAAGGUGCCUCUUCAGGAAUGUCCAGGUGAUAAGACCUGCAACGCUAACCAACGAGGUUGCUCGACUGAACCAGUACCAGAGUGCAGUCUGCCUAGCCAGAAGUACCAGCACACCUGUGAACAGGUUGGCAUAUUUCCUGAUGCAUACGACUGCAGAAAAUUUCACCUUUGUUCACCACCUGAAGGACUACCGGACGGUGGACCCGCAGACCACAGGGUGGCGCUGUGUCCCAGGAACUACGGAUAUGACCCUCAAACCGCGCAGUGCAGUAUUAAGUUAACAAAUGGACAGUGCAGCAUACAGGCUGUUCCAGAUUGCUCUAAAGUAGGGCAAAUGGGUGUUUUGGCAACAAGUCCAAGCCAUUACUUCGUAUGUCUCUCGAAACAUGGCGCUUUGGCACCGCAAAUAUUUUUAUGUCCCCACGGUUGGUACUUUUUGUACGGUUUUUGCCGACCACAACAACAAUUGAACAGAGAAGUGAUCUCCUCAACUGAAGAGAGUACAACAACAGUAGAUAUUACAACAGCGGAACCAAAAACAACUAGUAGAAUUGAAAGUUUCUUCUCAACUGAUGCUCCAGAGAAGAUUCCUCAAGACACAUUCUUGGCAGAUAGAUUUGAUUUGAGUAAUUAUAAUUACGAGGAGAACGUAGUUUCUAGUUUCAAUGAUCUGCCGAACUCGUUUGAAGAUGAAAAUGAUUUCUGGUGACAAUAACAGCUUUUGAUAUUAAAAAAAAUAUAACAGUAAACAAACACAA